GGCGUCCGCGUCCCGGCCAGGAAAGAGGCUGCCCUGGUCUUGGGGACAGAACAGAAGGUCCUGGUCUGGUUUUAGGGACAGAAGCAGAAGGUAUUUGUGUUGGGAGCUGACGCAGAAGGUGCUGGUCUUGGGGGCAGACGCAGAAGGGCCCGCAGACGCGCGAUGAGUCCCGCAGGCCUGGGCCUCAGGGCCGCCCUGCUCUGCCUCCUGGCCUGGGCCGGCCUGCCUGCCGCCGACCGGCUCUACAUCCACCCCUUCCACAUGCUCGUCUACAGCAAGAGCAGCUGCGAUCAGCUGGAGAAGCCCAGCGGGGAGGCACCCCCGGACCCCACCUUCACGCCUGUCCCCAUCCAGGCCAAGACGUCCCCGGUGGACGAGGAGGCGCUGAGGGACCAGCUGGUGCUGGCUGCCCAGAAGCUCCAGGGUGAGGACAAGAUGCGGGUGGCCACGGUGGGCAUGCUGCUCAACUUCAUGGGCUUCCGCAUGUACAAGACGCUGACCGAGACGCAGGCCGCGGCCGGCGGGGCCAUCUUCUCCCCGACGGCGCUCUUCGGCACCCUGACCUCCUUCUACCUGGGGGCCCUGGACCCCACGGCGGGCCGGCUGCAGGCCGCCUACCCUGCCUCCUGUCCCCCUCAUCCUUUCAUUCCCUGGGUGCGGUGA